AUAAGAAAAGCUCAGUCUCGUUCCGGAGCAAUGGAAGUAGCAAUGUCUCUGAACGCGCUCGUUCGUCUUCCUCUCUCGAGUUCGCGCUUCCACGACGAGGCUCCGGCGAGACACUCUCUGUUUUCGAGCCGCACGCGGCGGAGUUGCAAGGCUCCGCCACCGCGGCACGUGCUGGUGGUGGAAGCCAAGGGCAAAAAGGGAAUGAUGUCUCGUCAAUUCCAGCGCUCCGCACCUCCUCCUUUGCCCAAACUCGAAGACGAUGGGAAUCCCAAAUUCGUUAUCUUCAUUCGCAUGGCCAAUGUAUACCUUUGGUACCCUCUUAGCAUCGUAACAGGUGGCACCACUGCUAAAAUCAUGGUUGCGGCUAAAGAUAAUUUCCUGGGCAAGUAUAUUUAUAAAGACACCCUUGAUAGAAAUCUCGCCGCUGUUAUCUACCGGGAUGAGAAGGAGGUACAGAAAUCUGCUUUCAAACAGUACCGUGUAUUACGAUCAGCUACUGAUUUCAGAUACGGCUACAAACUUGUUGAAAAUGGCAAUAUAAGAGCUGCUCUUUCUACCACUGACGUUAUUGAGCUCCCAACCGAAGAUCAACUAAAAACCGUUCUUGAUAAAGUGAAAGACUUUUUCGGAGACGCAAAGGAAUCUUUUGGGAAGAUAACAUCAUUGGGCACUACUGCAACGGAGGAUUCAGACGAAGAUACAAAAGAAAAAGCCAAGGUUAAAGGAUGAAACUAUAGCCGGAUGAUUUGCUUGAAUUGUUAUGAGUAGCCUGUGGUCCUAUGUGCUCAGAAAGCUCAAUUCUGUUUAUGGAUUGGUAAAUGAGAAAAUUCGGUGCACAACAAUGCUACUCGAGGUUUUGUUCUUAGAUCUGUCAUCUGUAACCAUCAAAAUUAUUUUAUGUUCUGCAGAGUGAACACCUCCUUUACAAUACUGAUGACUCAUGUAUGUUACAAUCCAUGAUGCUUUGGAAUAGAUAGCAUGUAGGAUGAUCAUGUAAUGGCACCGUUAUCAGUUCAAGAGAUUCCUGGAACUGUUGUACAAAUUACGGGUUAUUGUAAUAUCUACGCAUUUUAUUUGACAGGAAUUCACUUAUUUACUCAGGAUUGCAUUAUCAACUAGACCAA